AUGUCUUCAGAACCUCCUCGCGAUCGCGCGUCGUUUGCGGUAAUGUCGCGCCUUAUAUCAUGCCUUGUCACGGAACAAAUUCUUCGGGCCUUUUACGUGCCAAUGAAGAAACCUACCCAUGAGGUUGCUGGCCUCCUUGUUGUACUUUCUACGCACACUAUCUCGGAGGACUUCAAAGUCUCUCGCACGUUCCACACCCGCGACAUUUUUGUCAUUGUGCAGCUGAACCAUAAACCAGUGCUCAAGGAUGUUCAAAUACACAGAGGUAGUCAGCUUGUUGGCCUCGUGGACCCGAUGGAUAUGAUUUCACCCAUCUAUGAGUUCCAAGAUGAUCGGAAUGUAAAUGAUAAUGAUAUUUUUGUCGAAUCUGUUCUGGAAAGCCUUAGUUCUCCUCCUUGGGAUAUAGAGACAUGCGGGUCCUUAUAUCUGGUUUCCGAUCCCGUAGCUCUGUGGAAGAAAUUCGUAGAAACUGUCAUCAUAGCAGACGAGCUCCGAGACAUUAUCGCCCUUGAACUCCAGAGUUCACUUGAUUGGCAAACAAUAUCAUACGAAAAUCCUCCCUUGUGUCCAAGUCUACAAUCAGCUUCUAUUGAUUGGGAACAAAGUCUAGUUGCUGGACAUCCAACACACCCGAUGCAUAGGGCAAGAAUGUUUCUUAACAAUGACGAAUCGUCCUUGGAAUACGAUUGGUAUCAUCCCCACGUUCGAUUUGUCCGAGUACCGGCUCGAAGCCUAGACGUCCUUGGUCAAUUUCGAGACAUAAGCAACGCAAUGGUCACAAAGGCUGCCACCAAAGCUGGAAGAUCAAUAUUGAUCGACAACGACUAUAUUUAUAUGCCCGUCCAUGAGUUGCAGAUUAUCAAUAUCACUUCGAAGUUUAAAGAUGUUGAUGUUCUUGACGAAGACAUCUUCCUUCCUGCUCUUGCUCAAUCAAGCAUCAGGCGAACCAACAGGACUGUGGUGAUACCUGAUUUUCCCGCUAUUGCCCUCAAGCUGGCAGUAGGAGUCAAGAUAUCAUCUUCACUGCGUACAAUCUCUCACUUUACCGCCAACUUCGGGCCUCGAUUUUCCGAGGAGAUUGUUCCGAAAUUAGCUGUAAACCCAGCCAUUCUGGCAGUGGAGCUUGAAUCGAGCAGCGCAGUUUAUCGCUGUGAUGAUCCGGAACUUUCCAAACAUUUCACAGCAGUCAUCAGGGAUGAAUAUAAACCAAGGGAAGGCGAAACGGUUAUAGUAUGUGCGGCCUUAUUGGAAGCCGGCCACGCCAACGUGCCUACCGGUAUCUCUGCCGUUCAACAUACAUUUCAACUCGACACGGAAGAAAAAAGGGCAUCGUUUUUAGAUAGAUACAUCCGGAUUGCCUGCGAAGCCUUGUUACCUGCUCUCGUCAAAAACGGUGUCGCCUUUGAAGCCCACGCGCAAAAUAUUCUUGCUCGGUUUGAUCUUGAAACCGGACAACUACAAGGCUUCAUUUUUCGAGACCUGGGAGGCCUGCGCAUUCACCCCGAAACACUUCGCAAUUCCACUGGUGUUGACUUCCAGUUUCUUCCCGGGCAUUGCGUCGCAACUAAGUCUCUCGAAGAGAUAUAUCCUAAAUUUUAUCAUACCUUCGUGCACAACCACAUUCAGCGGUUGUCGAGAUUGCUUGGUCUUCACCACAAUGGGCGGGGAUACGAGAUGCUCAGGAAACACAUGGGCUCAGUUAUCCCUGAGAACCACCCAGUUUGGAAAGUAUGGAUGGAUCCAACAAGCACUACCGUUGACUCCAAAUGUUUAAUGCGGAUGCGGAUGCGUGAUUCGUAUCGAGAUAUGGUUUACAGCCCGUAUCCCAACAUGAUCCAAUACCGACCCACGCCAGAAGUGUCUACAGCGGACAAAAGCUACUGGUCAAUCACCAAGCUGUUGGUGGAUUAUAUGUCUUUUAUUCGAGCCAGCCUCUUUGGCGGCAAGUAA